AUGGCGUCUCCCGUGUCUCGUCGACGACUCGUCGCCUCCAUCGUCUACCGAACACUCUACCUUCUUCUAUACGUCUGUCUUCUCGGACUGCUGAUAGCUACUCCCGCCGACGCCAUACAUCGCUCGUUCCAAAAUAAACAGCAAUACAAUAUCUGGAUCAUCACCGCCGCCUACGUCCUCGCCAUCGUUGUCGUGACCUUCGUCUUCGUCACCCGUCUUUGGCUGAAUAAGACCGACCUUGAUUCGAUACCGAAAGGAUGGGUCCCUGUUGAAAAGGGUGAUCUUCGCUCGGCUGUGUAUAAGGUUAUUGGACUAGGUCUUGGUCGCAGCGCAUCUAUCGCAUACGAAGCACGCCCCAGGCUUCGAACAGACGACGCGACGCCGGAUGACGAAACUGUCGAAACAAAAGUCAGAUUGGGGUUCGACGGCCCCGGAGGUCCAGCAGAGGAAUUGGUGGUGAUAAUACCUAGUCGAAAACCAGUAUGGGGUGACAUCGAACACUAUGGCUGGUCGUCACCAAAUGCUCCGGAUUUGCCGAAUCUCGAAUACACCACCGUCUUCUCCGAGCUACCUAAUCUAAUCGAGGGCAAAGCUUUAACACUUGCGCCUCCUGAUCCAACCUCUGAGACGAAUCCUCCCUUACUCGACGCCGAAGCAGUUGCCCUUCUUCAGCGGACGGCCAAUAUGAGCCUACGCGACUACGUAGUCCAUCUCGCCGAUUUAGGGGUUAUAGAGAUGGACGCAACCACCCUCAAAUUUCUUUCCCACUACGAAUACGCCCGCUUCUCUAAUCGACCCAUCUCUAGUGCUCAGUUCAAGGAGCUUAUGCAUCUUUUCGCUCAGAUCCUUCGCACCAUGGAGCCCCUGGACCCUGAUGUUCUUGACGCUGAUCAAGACGAUGCGUCUUCACCCUCCACCAACGGCGAUGAUGAUGAUGCGAGAUCGGGUAUUAGCACUGCUCGCAGUAACUUGAUGCCUUUCGAUACUGGCAGCAUUAACAGCUCCACUCGGCGAGUGCGACAUCAACCCUCAACAAAUACCUGGAACGUCUAUCAGACUGCCCCUAAUAGCAUGAGGAGUGGUAUAUCUGGGCAAAGGCCUAUGUCACAGAUUUCUAGCAACAAUAGCUUUGCUAGUGGAAUCCGGCGUCAUUAUCCAAUGAGGCAGCCGUCGUCCUUAAGUCUUCGAUCAAAAUCAUCAGGCAGCUCAGGCAGUUCGGGAUCUGUCAUUCGGCUGGCCACACGGCACGACUCUACAGACUUACCCUACGUGCUUACUUUAAGAGAUACGUCGGGUAGUUAUUAA